AUGUCAUCAACAUUUACCGACCAAGUGCCCUCGGGUGAAGCAGUCACAGUGAGAGUUAUUGACUCGACCACCAGGAUCACCAAUUUUCCAGUAAAGCAUCUAAUGGGACCAGACUUGACUGGAUUCGAUGUAUUUCCAGAUCUGCCUACUUGGUCGUUUCUUGUCGAACACCGUUCUGGUCGCAAGCUCUUGUUCGAUCUUGGUGUUCCUACUGACUGGCGUGACCUUGCUCCCAACGUGUCAAAUAGACUGAAGAGUAAUGGGUGGGAUAUUAAUGUCGAGAAGCCAACUAUUGACAUCCUGCGCGAACAGAACAUCCUUCCUGGCGAUAUCGAGGCCAUAGUUUGGUCUCAUUGGCAUUGGGAUCAUAUAGGCAAUCCAAACACCUUUCCUACGGACACAAGGCUUAUCGUCGGCCCAGGAUUUAGGGACGAGAAAUUACCUGCCUAUCCUGCGAAUGCACAGGCGGACGUUCGCCAGUCAGAUUUCGAAGGCAGGGAACUCAUGGAAAUUGGCUUCGAUGAAGAGCAGGCCUUGACUAUUGGCCAAUUUCGAGCUUACGACUACUUUGGGGAUGGCUCUUUCUACUUGCUUGAUACUCCUGGCCACGCUGUGGGACAUCUCGCAGGCUUAGCACGAACCACGAAUAGCCCGUCCACCUUUAUUCUCAUGGGUGGUGACCUCACGCAUCAUGCAGGCGAGAUACGACCAUCACCUGGUUUACCAAUACCGUCGUCAAUACCGGUCGACGAUAUUCCGACCUUAGCUGCCAGGCUUUCGUGUGGCAGUAGUUGUCCUGGUGCGAUCUUCGAGUCCAUGCAAGAAACCCGCGGCCGCAAACCUGCAUCAACGACGCCUUUCUUCGAGCCUGCCAUGGGCAAAGACAUACCACUGGCCAUUAAAACGAUCGAGAAAACGCAGAUAGCUGAUGCGGAUGAGAACAUACUGUACAUCUUUGCGCACGACAGCAAGAUUCGAGGCGUGGUUGAUCUGUUUCCUUCAUCAGCUAACAAUUGGAAGCAGAAGGGUUGGCGACAGAAACUGCUCUGGCGCUUUCUCGAGGACUUUGAGGUUGCUGCGCAACAGCAAAAGGAGACGAUGGAAAAAGAAGGCACCAAGCUUUAG